AUAAAUGGUUGCUACUAUAAGGUGUGCAGUUAGCUGGUGGAGGAGGGAUGCUAAACUCGGGACUCUGCCCACCGACUGGCGUCUCCAGACUAGCUGGACAGGUCGGGUUGCAGGGAAAAGGACAGUCCACCUCCCUGUAGUCUGCACGAGUCUGGAAAUACCAGGACUCAAAGGUCUCUCUCAUGGUCUGUCCUCCUACAGCAUACGUGGCCCAGGGUGUGUCCUCCAGAGUCUG